UAGAGGAAGAACACAUCAUAGUGCAAUAAAUGGCAAUGGCAAUGGAGAAUGAUGAAGUGAGAUUGAGAAAAAGAAGAAGAAGAGUGUUUGAAGAAGAAGGUGAGCUCCAAGAAGCAAGGUAUAUCAAGAAGAAGAAGAAGCAGCCGCAGCCGCAACAGCACGAAAAUUCUAAUGUGAUCACUACUAAGAGAAGUUCAAAAUUUCGUGGGGUUAGCAGACAUAGAUGGACGGGUAGGUUUGAGGCUCAUUUAUGGGACAAGCUUUCUUGGAAUGUAACUCAAAAAAAGAAAGGGAAGCAAGUUUAUCUUGGUGCUUAUGAUGAAGAAGAAUCUGCUGCCAGAGCAUAUGAUUUAGCAGCACUUAAGUAUUGGGGAACAUCAACUUUUACUAAUUUUCCGUUAUCAGAUUAUGAGAAAGAGCUAGAAAUAAUGCAGACUAUGACCAAAGAAGAGUACUUGGCAACUUUAAGGAGGAAGAGUAGUGGCUUCUCAAGAGGUGUAUCAAAGUAUAGGGGUGUUGCAAGGCAUCAUCAGAAUGGAAGAUGGGAAGCAAGGAUAGGAAGGGUUUUUGGAAACAAAUAUCUUUACCUUGGAACCUACAGCACACAAGAGGAAGCAGCACGAGCCUAUGACAUAGCAGCAAUUGAGUACAGAGGAAUUAAUGCUGUCACCAACUUUGAUUUAAGUAAUUACAUCACAUGGUUGAAGCCUUCACACCAAAACUCCCAAGACCCAAAACCUGAAACAGAAGUAGUACUAAACUCUCAAACACUCACUUCUCCAUCCAACUAUGCUCCAAAUCCAAUACAACAUUCAAAACCAUUGCCCUUUGACAAUACCUCUUUCAUCAGUCUUGAUCACCUGAAUUACCCUGAAAAUCAAGAAGUCUUUGAUAACAAAAUGUAUCGAUUUUCGAGCAGCAAAUCGUCUUCUCCCACGGCUCUUGGCCUUCUCUUUCGCUCUUCUCUGUUUAGGGAAUUGGUUGAAAAGAACUCAAACAAUGCAUGUGGAGAUGAACCUGAUGAGUAUGUCAGAAAGGAUCAACAACAACACAUAGUCAGUGAUGAUGAACUGGGUGGGUUCUUCUGUGACGGCAGUGACAGCAUUUCAUUUUUCUAUGAUCCAAACACAAACGGCUUAGAACUUCAAGAAAGCGACCUCUACUCAAUUCUUUGA